CUUCCGGUGGUGAGACGAACGAACGAAUUUUUCAACUCAAUUUUCGAAAGUCACUUUAAAGGUAGAGAAUGGAAGAUAUAGAUGUGAAAGGUGGCCAGAUUGUAUUGUGGCUAUGGUCAGGUAAAUCUCCCAGUGAGGACCUUCAGUCAGAAGUGAAAGAUCUGCAGCAGAGGCUUGGCUCGGGUAAAGUUCAGAUGGAACACAUUGAUAGACUUGCUCUAGCAAACCACCCAUCAUCAACUUUUGAUGUAGCAGUAUCAGGUCUGCUAGACCCCAGUGCAAGUCUACAUAACUCGGACACACUCGCAGAACUGUGUCGUAUACUGAAGCCUGAUGGAAAGUUGUAUCUAGGUCAAGUUGUCACAGGAGCUUCUAGUGAUGAAAACAAAAUGAAAAUGACAGAUAAAACUACUUCAGUUUUGAAACUGUCUGGAUUUGUAAAUAUAUCACAG